AUGGACGAGAAAAUUUCGGAUGACAAACAAAAAGAACAAAUUUAUCGAAAUUCGUUCCUCCCUCAGUAUAUGCCUCACCUUCGCGGCCACAUGUCCAAGUCACUCACGGAUUUUAUCGAAGUAGCCGUAAGCAUUGGAAAAGCAUUCGAAGCGGGAGAACAGCCGAAAACAAAAGCUUCUACGGAUGAAGCAUGCGCGACCGAAGCUGACCCGUUAAAAACAGUACAAACAGAAUUACAAACGAUAAAAGACCAAUUGGCAGCAGUUACUUUCGGGAAUUAUCGCGAUAGAAGCAAAGAGAACCGAAAUUACAAAAAGAUCUACCACAAGUGCAACAAGCAAUGCUUUCACCACAUGGCUUUUUUCGGGAGACACGGGAAAAAAGGCGAGAAUCGCAAACGAAGUCAAUCUCGCGAUAGUUCAUUGAGCGAUCGUAGCAGUAGACGCGGAAGUUUUUCCGGCAGCGAAAGCGGCUGGUCAAGCGUGUCCGAAAGUAUCCAUCGCAGUCGCGAUAAGGAGAGAACCUCUAGGAAAAGUAGACACGACAAACCGCCCAAGGAGAACCGGGAUGGGGAGAAGAAGGAACAUCGAGACCCCAAACCUAAAGACGAUCGCGAGAAUAGGAGCAAAGAGAAAUCCCGCGACAAAAACGAGGAUCGCAGAAAGGACAAGCGCGACCGCGGCGAUAAGAAAGAUCGAAAAUCAAAAAACUAA